AUGAAUACAACUUCCAAACCUUUACCAUCUACACCUAGUGAAGGAAAAAUUUCCCAAAAUAUUCAUUAUGAUAUACCCUCAAAUGAAGAGUAUCGCCCUAGUGGCAUAAAAGAGAUGAAACAAAAUAAUUACAGUGGAGAGAUAAAGAGUAUAUCUCCAAAGAAAAGAAAUAUGACAAACAAAGAAAGUCCUAAUAAUAAUACUCAUAAUAUUAGUGAUACGGAUGAAGAAUUCGAAUUCUUCCAUGAAUUUAAACGUGAAAAAGUAAAAGAUGUUAUUCAUCAUAUCACAUCUUUUUUGAAACAAAAUGCAAUAGAUAUAGAAUAUUUAAUGAUCCCCUUUAGACCGGAACAAAGCAAUGAAAAACUACUGAAGUUUUUGAAUGCCAUCUUCCCGCUAGGCAAUGGACAACCUGUUAAUGAAAAAUCACAAAUGAAGAUUAUCAACAAAACAGAUGUGUGGACUCUAUUUCAAAGUUUGAAAUAUAUAUGGUGCAGAUUACCAAAUUCUGAAAUUGUUGGGUGGAAAGCAUACCUCAAGUUCAAAUAUAAAGAAAUAGAGAAAAAUUAUCCCCAAAAAGCAUUCUUGGAAAUUAUGCCUCAAUGUUUGGAUUCACCCAAUCAUGCCUCAAUCGUUUAUGAUUUUUUUGAUUUAAUUGUAACAUUAUCCUCGAAUUCUAGGGUAAAUAAGAUGAGUGCAAGAAAAGUAGCAAAAAUGUGUGCUCUAUGGGCUUUUAAAAAAUCUAAUAUAAAUACAAUAAAUGAUCGUGAUACUGACGACUACCGAGAUGAUACUGAAUUUAUGGAUAUAAAUAAUAAGAAUUCAAGAGAGGGUCCAAGUUAUGAUUUUGAUGCAAACAAUCCGAGAUUUGGCAAAAUCAACAAUUCUUUUCAAGAUGGUCUUAAUGAAUGGAUCCCUGCAUCAGACGCUAUGUUCCAUUUACUGUUAUCCUUUUUGAAGAGUUUUGUACCGAGAGACUUAGAAAGUUCUAAAUUGCCUAAAUCUUUAAAAAGUAUUUUAUUUAACAAUGAAUACCCACCAAAGGGAUCCACUGCAUACACAUCACAAACUAUUUUAACAAUUCCAUUAGUGACAUUAUACACAGAUAAAUUUUCAAGAAAACCGUGGCAAUUACUAGAGAGAUGUAAUGAUCUAUUAGAUUUUUCAAAUCAUGAUGCAUUUGAGGCUAGAGAAGAUUAUGCCUUACUGAAAUCGUUAUUUAAGAAAAAGAAUAAUGUUGAAGGUAUUAGUCGAAAAAUGUCUCAGGAGUCAAGGCGAUUGAUGAAGAUUAUGUCUACAAAACAUUCUACAUUUCAAGCAGGUUGGGCUCCCCGUAGAUGUGUAAAUAAUAUUUAUGAAUUGAAGGAAAAUAUCCAAAUUCAAAGGGUUGAUAUUGAUGAUUAUUUUAUCUGGACCUGGCUAUCAUCUUUAUCAUACGAGGAAACAUCUGAAAAGAAAAAAAUCUUUGGUAGAUCGUUAAUUCUAGAAUUUGAAUUUGAUGGAUUCAAAAAAUGGGUUGCUUUUGAAGAAUGUGAUAUAACAUUACAUUAUAAAAGUACUAGUCAAUUUAAAAAGAAUCGAAUUAAAAAGAAAAAUGAUAAUAACGAUCGGGAGUCCAUAAAUUCCAAUAAAGAUAGACCUUUACCAACAAAGCAAAAUAGUACACCUGUAUACGAAAAAUUCCAACAGGAGGUCCCUAAUCAGAGUAUUUCCAAAGUUAAUCACUCUGUUUUAAAUAGUCCAUCAUUAACACCACAGGGCCAAUAUCAUACAAUAAUUGAUAGACCUUCAUCACACAAAAACCAUAAACCCAAUCUUCAUGUCUUAGAAGAGAAAAUUUCGAAGUGGAAUCCUCUAAAUAACUUAAGAAAGAAAAGUAAUAGUAUAGCAAACGAAAAGAAUGAGAGUACAUCUUCUCCGGAAAUGAGAAAAGAAUUUGCAUCCUCUUCAAUCUAUGAUUCAUCCCAAUCAAAAACCACAAACACUAAAGUAAACGUAAAUACGGAACAAAAUUCCAAUAAUAUGGAGACCAAAUCAAAAGCAAGAGUUAUUUCUCAAUACAGUUUGUUAGAUCCCCAAAAAUAUCAACUCCCUGAGAUUGAGAAAGAUGAAGAAGGAUUUCAUAUUGAUUUAUCUAAUAUUUCUAAUAGCUUAUCAGAACUUCCGCCUAUUGAAAAUGAACCUGAGAGCAAUAUGUUUUCUCCAUCUCAGAAAUUUACAGAGGACCCAGAUAACUUAGAUUCUAAGACUCAAAAAAUACAACACAAUAUCCAACCAGACUUGAAAGUUGAAGAAAGAUAUCACGUAAAUAACAUUCCAACAAGAGAAAAUAGGAUUCCUUCAACAUUGCAUAAAUCAUCAGAACAUGCAUACGCGAACCAAACUCCUAUAGUAAGUUAUACCAAAAUUUCAAGUGAACGUAAGGAAAGACAUUCUGCAGCAGAAACCUUAGAAGAAUUAAGCGAUAUGGUAGACGGUAUGAUGUCACAAGAUGAAGUGACUAAAGUACAAGCUGCAAAGACAUUUGAAGAGAUGACAAAAUUUGAUAAAUAUAAACCAAAAGACUUUGACGCUGAAAGUUCUAUAUCUAGUGCAGUACCUUCUCUAAAACUAACUACUACUAUAGAUGGAAAUCAAAAAGCUUCAGAGAGUUUCAAGAACAAUAUGAAAAAUACUAAUUAUAGACAACGAAUAAAUUUUAAUGCACAUUCAGAAAGAACAGAAAAGCAAGAUUUUACUAAUCAACAAUAUAAUACUGAAAACAUAGCUACAUACAACAAGAAAGAUAAGAUUAUACCACAAUCUAGUAAUACAUCUGUGGACAAAUCUGAUCCUCAACACGAUCAAUUUAGUAUUAUCCCUAGAGAUAAUCAGUACGCUCCAAAACAACAAGGAAAUAUAUCCCCAACUCAUGAUUUAGGAACUUAUACUCUUAGGAACUCUCUUGAACGGAGUAGCAUGCAACAACAAACUCAAGAACAACUAAGCGUUAAUGAAUCCCCUCUGAAUGUACAACAAAAUUACCAAAAUCCAACAUACCAAAGUGUACCACAAGUUCGCCAAAAUAAACCAUAUAUUGUUGCAAACCAAACAUUACCAAUACACUCACCACUAUACAAUCAGAAUACUGCCACUAAUAAUAAUGCACCUAACUCCUUAUCACAGGACCAGAUUUAUCAACAACAGUGGAUCAAUAGUGGUAGCAGACCAAAUUCGACAUCUCCUGUCAGGGUUAAACUUCAAUCUCAACCCCAAGUUUCAGUACAACCUCAAGUAUCACCGCAACCAUACAAUAUACAAUCUACUCCAGCUGCAGGUUUUAACAACAAGCAAUAUCAAGAACUUAACGGUAAUUAUGCAAACGUAUCUAAUAAAAUGCAUACAACCCCUAGAACUGAUGACAGCAAUAACUCUAGAAAUGGCGAUAUUAAUAACAAUUACGAUUCUACAGAAUCUCAAAGUAAUAGAUAUCAGCAAGAUCCUUCUAAACACAUGCCUGACUAUAGACCAUCAGUACAACAGCCAACAUUCACACAAGAUAAUAUGAAUAAGACCCAAACACCACCAAUAAACAACCACAACUACAGUUUACCACCAACUAUGAUGAAUAAAACGCCAAUUAGAGGACACUCCCCCAACUUCAAUGGACCAUCACCAAGUCCAAACAUGCAACAAGGUUUCGUUGACAGCAGAGAAAGAAUGCAAAUAUCACCUAUCCCCAAACAAUCAUAUCCACAAACACAACAAUAUGCAAUACCGGUCCCCGUAAAUAAUGGAAUGAAACCUAAUAUGUAUAUCCCACCACAACAACAAUCACCUUAUCAUCACCCUAACUAUUUGCCAGUCCAGAAUGUGAAUAUGUCUAUGAAUCCAAAUAGAUCGCCUCAAUUAGAUGGAUAUGCAAAUCAUUUUCAUCCUACGUAUGGUAAUAACUAUGGAAAUAGCAACAUUAAUGGUGCCAGCAGUCAUGGAACGGUGAUACCAUCUGAUAUACCUGCUGCAACGACACACAAUACGAUGGGGAUAAGAUUACAUGGAAAUAAUAUUAAUAAGAAACAAGAAAGAAAACAAUUAUAUAACAAUAUUCGUAGUGGUAAUUUUGGUAUAUGA